GGCCUCGCGAGAGCGGGGCUUGGCUCCGGCCGCCGGUCCAUCAUGGCCGGCGCUGAGGGGAAGGCGGGCGUCGGCGGGCGAAGGGGACGCGAGGCACGGACCAGCCUGACGGCCUUCGUGCUGGGAAGCUCCGUGGCGGCCGUGCCGCUGCUGCUGUCGGCGCCUCCGCCGGCGCUGCUCUCCGGGCUGGGCUUCCAAGGCCGCGCCGCGCUGGCCCUUCAUGUGGCCGGAGUCAACGCCGCCCUCCUGCUGGCCUGGGGUCGCGCCCCAGGGGGCAUGUACCAGAUUGCCAUCCGUGCCUGCUUCUUGGGCUUUGCAUUCGGGUGUGGUUUAUUGCUCAGCUUCGGACAAUCUACGUGGAAGCAUUUUGGAUGGUAUAUGUGUUCGCUCUCCUUCUUCCAUUAUUCUGAAUACUUGGUGACAGCAGUUAACAAUCCCAGAAGUCUCUCCUUGGAUUCCUUCUUGAUCAACCACAGCUUUGAAUACAACCUAGCUGCAGUCUCAUCCUGGGUUGAGUUCACCGUGGAAAAAUUCAUUUGCCCAGAGAUGAAGCAGAUCACUUGGCUGAGUUCGGCAGGGCUGCUCAUGGUGGUUUUCGGGGACUGUCUGAGGAAGGCUGCCAUGCUCACAGCUGGCUCCAACUUUAACCACAUUGUUCAGAAUGAAAAAUCGGAGACUCACACUCUUGUGACCAGAGGUGUUUAUGGCUGGUUUCGUCACCCAUCGUACGUCGGAUGGUUUUACUGGAGUAUUGGGACCCAGGUAUUGCUGUGCAAUCCAAUCUGUAUGGUGGGCUACACGCUGGCAUCCUGGCGCUUCUUCCGGGAGCGGAUAGAAGAGGAGGAGAUGACCCUGAUCCAUUUCUUUGGUGAAGAGUACCUGGCCUACAAGAGGAGGGUCCCUACAGGCUUGCCAUUCAUCAGAGGCGUGAAAGCGGAGCUAUGAAGACCCCAGGGCCAGCAUUGAGCAGAACGUGGGAGCUCCUGGCUCCAGGGGCCGCUUGGCCUGGCCUGUGCAGAAGAACAACGGUGACAUUCGUGCCGUGCCGGUACAGUAGCGGUCAGUUUUAAUACCUAGUGAGUUUCCUGGAGGUUUGUGAAGGGCUGGGCGGAAGCUCCAUACCUUAGGCAAAAAUAGAUGCCCUCCCUUGACGUAAGCGGGAGAAAGAACUGCCUGGAUGAUCAGAGCUGCACUGAAUCCUCAAGCCCGACUUUGAAAGGAAAACAAUUUUCGUUGCUCUGCCUCUUGCAGCUUUGAUGGACCAAAGUGCACCAAAGCAGAUUUCAAUGACAAGCUCGCCCUUUGAGUAACCACUAUUGCUCCCUGGAAGGGAUUUGGAUAGAAACUCACCUCUCUAGUCGAAAGUUUUUCUUUUCUUUUUUAAAGCAAAGGGGCCCAGCCCUUCUAUUUCUUCCCCCUCCCCACAAAUGCCGCCCCACCAAAGGGCAAGCCCAGCACAGCUUUAACCUCUGGGCCUGAUCUCCUAAGCACUCUCCCAAGGCUGGGCUGGCAGGGGGUGGGGUCUGUUUGCAGCAUCCAGGCCCUCUGGUUCUAUCUUAAAAUGCAUGACAACUGUCAAGAUUAACAACACAGGCAAAGAGAUCUCCCUUCCCUUUGCCCUUUUUCCAAACCAGGCUUGCAAUACACCUCACAAACGAAUGAAAAAAAGAGAAGUCUUUGCACCUAAAUGUUAUGGUCUCCUGUUUCUUUCACGGCCAUUUUGACGUCCCUCCUGGUUGAGCGGUCCUGUCUCACUCCUACUGCUCAGCCUCACAACCUUUGUCUUCAUUCCACAUUUUUGAUAAUGACCACCUCUCCUCCCACCAGAAUCCUGCUUGUGUAGCAAAAGUUCAAAUUCUGUUUCUACAAAGUGCAAGGGGAUGGUUGCUUUUGACUUUGCAUACUGAACAAGUAUUACUUUGGCAAUAUAUAUUAAGCAGGAUGCACAUGACUGACUGGGAGAGACUUCCCUCGCGCCCUCCCCCUCUCCCUGGCUGCCUUUUAAAAAAGUUUCUCACUGCACACUUUUCCAUUUUAAUAUACCAAAGAAGUUUAAUGUGUUUCUGUUUCUACUGAUCUAUUUAUAAUGAAGAUAGGAAAUAAGAUGCUUGCAAACUGCAGCCAAGACUGGCAGAAAUGGCAUUUCUGUCGUUUUGGGGGGCCAGUUGCCAUCCAGCUAUCAUUCUGUCUGUACCCAGCCAGGAUGAUUCCUUAAGCUGUCAUCUGUCUCCACUUUCUUUGAUUUGUAAAUGCAAAACGGCCAAAAUCUCAAAGCAAGCAGCUUUAAUUUCUCUUUCACUCUGUGACAUUCUUGUUUUACAGAGGGGUGAGCAGGCUUUUGUGCUUCUUUACUUGGGGCAAAUUUUUUUGGGGGGGGGGGAGAAAAUGAGGCAGGUGCACUUAAGAGAGAAACAUAUGGCAAAAAUAGGUCCAAAACAAUUCUAUGCUUAGGAAAAGCUGGAUUCUACACCCCGGUAUAAAUUAAGACAGUCUACAUAGUGUCCCCCAUUUCCGAUUGUACCUGUAGAGUCUGCUUUUAGCAUUGGAAAUUUCUGAUCAAUAAUUCCCCUGCUGUUCAGAGUUAGGUAGGAGCUCAGACCUUGCCCUGCAUUGCCCAAGAGCUUCUGUUGACCUUAAUUCUUUAAUCUGGGAGCAUGGCUGAGUUAAUUUUAGGUGUGUGAUGGAGAGACACAACUCAUGACUUGGAGCUUCAGGGCGAUUUGUUUCCUCGGUGGCUCGUUAAGAAUCAAGCAGAAUCUGAAAAAUUCUGUUCUGUUGCUUGUGAACUAUCCGGUAGCGAUUGAGAGCCCCUUGAUUGGCUUUGUGCAGAUGUCAUAGUAUAGCUUGGUGGGGGAACCUGUUGCACAGUUGACCUACUGCAACAGAAAACUGAAGCUUCUUCCUUAUGUUGAGUAAGUCCAUUGACCCAUGUUUGCUUUCUCUGAUGGGGAAGAAGAUUCAUAUACGGUUCAUGUACGCCAUGAGAUGGGGUAUUGGUUGCAGAAAUCAGUUUCCCCAAGAAAAUCAGUUUUAAUAAAUAAAAGUUUCUAGUCCUUGUGGCUGCAAAAUGAGCUUGCAUGGUGGAGGAAGGGUAUGUCUGGUUGAAUUUCAAAAUCUAGUAAGUUGCUAAGGUUUUCAAGGGUCAGAUUCUGAUCUGUCUUACAGAGGGUGGAUCCACUGAGAUGAAUGGGCAUGUCUAAGGUCCGUUCAUUUCAAUGGGUCUGCACUUAGUUGGAUGAGAUUUGAAUUCCCUGCAUAGCACGUGUGUAGUUUGCAAACCCUGCUUUGUACGGAAGGGGCUGCAGCUGAGGGGUAGCUCUGUGCUUUGCAUUCAGGAGGCCCCAUAUUCAGUCCCCAGUUGGGGACUGUCCCCUGCCUGAAACCUUGGAUUGCCGCUGCCAGUCAGUGUAGACGGUACUGAGGUAGAUGGAUCCAAAGAUCUGAGGCAGUAUCAGGUCACACACAUGUUCCUACUUCAGACCUGUAGGCCCUCCUCGGUCAAAAUAUAUGUCCAUAUCUGUAAUAUGCAGGCAAUAUCUGUAAUAUGCAGAAGCAAUUUUUUUAAAAAAGUAUGCACAUUUAAUCAAAUCAGUGUAAUUUGUAUGGAUUGUGGAAUACAGCUUUUAUUAGAACGAAUUUUGGAUGUAUAAUCCUAGCAUCAUUUUUAUAGAAAUCAUGGUAUACACACAGGUCUGCCUCCCCCUCUCCCCUCCCCCUCCCCCCGGCUGCCCUGGUAACUAGCCAGUUUGUGUUGCCAGGAGAAUAUCCUGAGAUUCCCUCUGAAAAUUAAUCAUGCUGUUUUUUGCUUUGUUACCUCGGAAGCUGAGAGGCAGUUGUUUACUUUCCAGUCCCUUUGGAGCAGUCGGCUGGCAACCAGCCAAACAGAGGAUCAGUUCUGUUCUCUUGUAUUUUUAAAAGAAUAAUAAUAAAAUAUUUUUAAGUCUCUA